GAAAGUAUGUGUUUGAAUGGUAAAGGCGCCAGCAAAACACACAGAGAGGGAAAAGCACGGGUGGUGUUUUCCAAGAAAAAAUAAAAUAGGCUGUUACGAUCAUAGUCCGUAUAAAAAUAACUAUCUAGAUUUUGAAAGAAACGUCAACCAUUUCCAGGUAAUCACGCGAGACUGGUCGGUUAGAAAGUUAAACGGUUGCUUGAUUUUUCUUUUCUAUAUCGUGAAGAAAUACAUUUUGCCUGACGCCACCGGAGUGACAACGCAGGCCGGUCAUGUCGCAGAAGCAGAUCUACUAUUCUGACAAAUAUGACGACGACAAGUUCGAAUAUAGGCACGUGAUGCUUCCCAAGGAUAUCGCCAGGCGCGUGCCCAAGACCCACCUGAUGUCGGAGACCGAGUGGAGGAACCUGGGGGUGCAACAGAGUCAAGGCUGGGUGCACUACAUGAUCCACGAGCCAGAGCCUCAUAUCCUGUUAUUCAGACGACCCCGGCCACCCAGUGCCUCCCAGUAACAACCCCCCCCCCCCC